AUGCUUCUCUCUGCCACCCACUUUCCUCAUAGUUGUGUCUUGUCUGUUCCAUUUGCUACUUUUGUCACUUGUGCUAGCUCUUCUACUUCAGACUUGGGACCAGUUUAUCGGAUGCCAAGCCAAGCCGAUGAGUUCCCAAGUACAAAAAUUUACGAAUUUACUGUCAAGGAUGCCAAGGGAAAGGAUGUGGAUCUUAGCGUGUACAGAGGAAAAGUUCUGCUGAUUGUCAAUGUUGCUUCUGAAUGUGGAUUGACCGACGAAAAUUACCCUGAGCUAACUAAACUAUAUCAGCAGUAUAAAGAUCAAGGCUUGGAAAUUCUGGCAUUUCCGUGCAACCAGUUUGCUGCUCAAGAACCAGGAAGUAAUCAACAAAUUGAAGAGUUUGUCUGCACUCGUUUUAAAUCAGGAUUCCAAAUUUUUGACAAGAUUGAAGUAAACGGUGAUAAUGCUGCUCCAUUGUACAAGUUCUUGAGGUUAGGCAAAUGGGGAUUCUUUGAUGAUGAUAUUCAGUGGAACUUUGCCAAAUUUCUUGUUGACAAGGAAGGGAAAGUUGUUAAUCGUUAUUACCCAACAACUUUACCCUUUAGCCUUGAGCAUGACAUAAAGAAGCUGUUGGCGGAGUCUCAUGAAUGCUGA